AUGUCAUUCUCAAAAUCCUCUGACGACAGUUCUGAUGACGAAGUUGAAGUUUCGGAAGAAGAAAUCCAAGCACUGAGUUCACAGUUGGAAUCGGAUCCUUUCAUUUACGACGUGCAUGUGCAGUUGAUAAAUCUGCUCAAAAAGGCCGGUGACUUGGAUCGUUUACGAGCAGCAAGGGAGAAAAUGGCCUCCCUCUUCCCUCUCACUCCAGAACUUUGGUUAGAAUGGAUCAAGGAUGAGUCCUCUCUCCUACUGGAAGGUGCCGAUAGAAGCGGUGUUGAAGACCUCUUCCGUAGAGCUGUGGCGGACUACCAGAGUGUGGACGUCUGGUUGGAGUAUUGCCAGUUUGCCAUCGGUGGCAUGGGCUCCGGCGAGCCGGAGCGUAUUGCAGCUGUGAGGGCCGUUUUUGAGCUGGCGCUAGCUAAUCAGGGCCUCAAUUUCGCCAAGGGUGCUGUUCUGUGGGAGAUUUAUCGGGAGUUUGAGACAAUCCUUCUGGCACAAGUUCAAGCGUCUUCUAAGGAUCCCGAAGCCCUGACUGCACAACUGAAGACCAUUGAUGGUGUAUUUCGCCGCCAGUUGAGGGUCGCGCAUCAGGACAUGCAGGCCACCCUAGAGGAGUACAAGGACUUCCUGGCAGGCCUGGGCGCGCCUCUACUGACCGGCGGUGGUGGUGCCACGGGGACCGUUGUAGAGCUCAAGGAUGGCAUACCCGUUGAUUGUGCCACAGACUUCUCCCGAGCCUCCGCUAAA